UUUUUUAUCGGUUUAAAAGAUAAGCGAUGGUACCGUUAAUCGCGACAGGUGCAGAGUUUUGGAAAUUAUUUUGAAUUAAAGAUUUGAUAUCAGAAUGUUUUCAGUGCUAAAUCAAAUAACAGUUUUGUGUGGUAUCACCAGCUGAUGAGGAAUUUUGUUCAGAUGACUAGGAGAAAAAAAAAAGACUAGUGUUUAGCCACGACUAUGCGGACUUUAGGGGAUUGGCUGGAUAGUGUUCUUCUUGCACAAAAUAGUAGGAGUGUUCAGAUUAGGUCAACAGGAGAAUGAGCAGUGGUACAUCACCCCCUUCAGAUCUUCUUUUUGAACUGAAAGUGAAAAUUAUAUCAGCCAAGCUUCAAUCUUCUGGGAUCCUCUUCAAGCCUGAUCCUUAUGUGGAACUAAUUGUGGAUGGAGGAAUCCCUGUGAAGACAGAGUAUCAGAAAAGUACCACUACUCCAAAGUGGGAAGAACAGUUUGCUAUACUGGUCAGUCCUUAUUCCAAGUUUAACUUCAGGAUAUGCAAUCAUGGAUCGUUGAUUCGGAAUGGUGUGCUUGGAGAGUGUGUCUUUGAUCUUCACAAUAUUCUUGCCACACAUGGAGGCCGACUGGACCAUGUGACAGUAACUUUAGAUCUCAAGACCAGUGGGAAAACCAGUCGGGGUGCUGGUACUUUGGUUGUGAUGUUAGAUGAUGUACAGAUUGACAUCAGUUACUAUCCUGCUCGAGAUUCUCCAGUUACAGCUAGCAAUAGUUCCCACACUCCUUCAAGCACCCACUCAAGUGGAAAUGUAAUAGAUAAUAGUACUCAAUCUUUUAGUCCUGCAUAUGGAAAUAACCAAAGUGAUUAUCAACAUCAUGAACCACACCCUCACUCCCAGAGGUCAGACAACCCCAGUCCUGUGCCCUUUCAAGUAAUCAGUGAUUCUCCUAGUAGCAGUUCUGGUAGCACUUCUCCAAGCAUUAUUAACCUUUCCAGACAACUUCAUGAUAUGAGAACCCAGUCUGUACCAGAAAGUCCCAAGCAUGUUGCUGUUCCUAAGGCUUUUAGCAUCACAGAUAUCAGAUCUGUGACAAUUCCUCGUCCUCAGCUCACUUUUACAAGGUCAAAUGAUGCUAGUAGCAGCACACCUGCAACCAGAUCUGCCACACCAAACAAUGUACUGGAUGCUAACAGUUCUCCAUUCUCGAGUCCUGUACAGUUUAAUGCCAAUCCAGAUAUCUCUGCCAUUAACAUUCCGUCAUGUGGCACAAGCAGUACUUUGCAGAGUGGAUCCUCAGGUGAGCGAAUUACAAGGCCUAACAGUGCUAUUGUUGGUCAAGAUUUGUCUCGCUCUACAGAUACUUCCACUCAGGGAGGGGAAUUGGUUGGCAGACAUCCUAAACCCUACAGUUCUGUCCUUGGUCAAGGCCUUACUUCUAGUCCGUCUUGUGUUACAGACAAUGCUAAUCAGAAUAGAACUUCAUCUAGCAGGCUACAAAAUCCUUUUAGGCAAGGUGUUAGCUCAAGUGAAGAGGAUCCUCUUCCUCAAGGAUGGGAGGUACGUCACACACCACAGGGCCGCAAGUACUAUGUAGAUCAUAACACGAGAAGUACCACAUGGGAAAGACCUCAGCCAUUACCUUCUGGCUGGGAAAUCAGGAGAGACAACAGAGGAAGAGUGUACUAUGUAGACCACAAUACUCGGACUACCACGUGGCAACGGCCCACAGCAGAGACCGUCAGGAACUAUGAACAAUGGCAGUCUAGUCAGGCCCAAGUUAUGCAGCAGUGUCAGCAACGAUACCUUUUCCCAACUCCAGCUCAGGCUGAGGAUCAGGACCCUCUUGGAACACUGCCAGAAGGAUGGGAAAAACAAUUGGAUCGUAAUGGUAGGGUGUAUUUUGUAAAUCACAAAAACAAGAUAACCCAGUGGGAAGACCCCAGGACACAAGGCCUAGAAGAACCUCUACCUCCAGGUUGGGAAGUUAAAUUUUCACCUGAUGGAAAGAAAUACUUUAUUGACCAUAAUACUCGUACCACUACCUUUCAAGAUCCAAGGGCAUCAUCUAACAGUGGAGAGGGAACCACUGUUGGACCAGUAGCCUACAAGAGGAAUUUCAAGUGGAAACUAACCCAGUUUCGUUACUUAUGUCAUUGUAAUGCUGUACCCAGUCAAGUUAAAAUCCUUGUAUCAAGAAAUCGUAUUUUCGAGGAGUCUUAUAGCCAGGUAAUGAAAGUUCCUCCACAUGAACUUAGACGUCGCCUUUUUAUUACAUUUAAAGGAGAAGAAGGUUUGGAUUAUGGAGGAGUAACAAGAGAAUGGUUCUUCACACUGUCCCACGAGGUACUUAAUCCAAUGUACUGUUUAUUUGAAUAUGCUGGGAAGAAUAACUACAGUCUGCAAAUCAACCCAGCAUCCUCAGUCAAUCCCGACCAUAUAUCCUACUUCCAGUUUAUUGGUCGAUUUGUUGCAAUGGCUCUCUUUCAUGGCAAGUUCAUAUAUAGUGGGUUCACCCUACCUUUCUACAAACGCAUGUUAGGAAAGCAGCUGACAAUGAAGGACAUAGAGUCUAUUGAUGAUGAGUACUAUAAUUCCUUAUUAUGGAUCAAAGAAAAUAACAUUGAUGAACUUGAAAUGGAAAUGUACUUCUCCGUAAAUUUUGAGGUGCUUGGGGAAGUGAUUUCCCAUGACCUAAAACCUGGUGGUGGAGAAAUUAAAGUUACAGAAGACAACAAAGAUGAGUACUUGAGGCUUGUCACACAAUGGAGAUUUUCACGAGGACAGGAAGACCAGACCAAAGCAUUUCUUGAUGGCUUUAAUGAGGUUUUACCAUUAGAGUGGUUACAUUACUUUGAUGAGAGAGAACUUGAGUUAAUGCUGUGUGGAAUGCAAGAAAUCAAUGUAGACGACUGGCAACAAAAUACUAUUUAUCGACACUACACCAAAAACAGUAAACAGAUUGUAUGGUUUUGGCAGUUUGUUAAGAAAAUGGACAAUGAAAAGCGUUCUCGUCUGCUUCAAUUUGUAACAGGCACAUGCAGAGUGCCAGUAAAUGGUUUUGCUGAACUCAUUGGAAGCAAUGGGCCACAGCGUUUCUGUAUUGAGAAAGUUGGGAAGGACACUUGGCUUCCACGAAGCCACACCUGUUUCAACAGACUGGACUUGCCACCAUACAAGAACUAUGACCAGUUAGUUGAGAAGUUGACCUAUGCUGUUGAAGAAACUGAAGGCUUUGCUCAGGAGUAGAAGAUGUUCAAAUCUGCAUAUUGUCAGUAAAGUUGAACCCCUGAAUGUCAGUUGUGAUAUCAACAAGCUUUGUCUUACAUCAUCAGUUGUGAUCAAACUGCCUUGAAACUUGAAUGUUAUGCUGGUAUAAGAAAAACCAGGCAGGCCCUGGCAAUAAUGAAAACUUAUAUACAUUAGCAUUCCCUCAGAUCUAACUUGUUAAGAAGACAAGUGAAAUACCACACACUUGUAUUUUUAGAGUUCUUAAUUAGAGUAUUUUAAAAUUGUUCAUUAUUAUACCUAGUAAAUUCACUAUUUUGAUUUUAUGUAUUUAUAAACAAUUUAAAUUUCAAGCAUUAAACUUUGGUGGCACAGUUUUUAUUAUAUUGUAUAUAUCAAGAAGUUUAGGAUUGAACUUUAUAAGAAUUUGAACGUUUAUUUUAUUUUAUUUUCAAGACUUACCCCAGAUUGAUAUUACUUAAACCAUAAGUACUUAAAAAUUGUUACUGUGACUAGAUAUAACUAUUUCAACAGAACUUAUUGUUCCAAUAACAUUAAAUUCAGGCUCAGCAUGUGGCCCUAAAAAUGCUAAUAGAUCUUAUGUUAAUGCACGUAUUUGAAUUACCCCUGUGAGAAUGUAACAUUGUUGUCCAUUCCUGUGUAAGAUUCUAGCAAGGGCUAGUGAUGAACAGAGCCGCAGAAUACAAGAGAGCUUGCUCAUUCACAAUCUGAGGCCUGAGAUCAAUGUUAUUGUAACAUUAAGUAACUACUUUUAUUGUUAUAGAAAUAUAGUCAUUUGUUGAGGACACUUUUCUAGAAUGUUCAGGACUUCUAGUUGUGCUGGAGAUAUAGGGGAUGUAUUUUUUGUAUGAUUGUAUUACUUUUAACCUGGCUCUAAGUUAUUGUAUGUAUAAUGUGAAUAAUUGAAGUAUGUUACUUGAGGAUAUAUAGGAUCCAAAAUUAAAUCAACAGGAACUGAAGAAUAAUUUACACAAUGGCUUUAGGAAGAUAAACUCCACCUUCUGAAGCUGCUUUAGUGAUACUUGUUUUUAAUAUUAACAUUUUAAUAUUAAAGAAAAAAAAGAAGAAAAUCAACUCUGUUGCAUGGGUUUCUUCAAAGAGAGAUGUUUUGAAGAUUGAAGAAACAUCUAGGGAGUAAGAAACACAUUUUCAAAAUGGCUAACUUUUUAAGAUUUAUUUUAAUCUCUCAAAUGGUGAUUCACAGCAUUAGCCUAUUUCAGAAUGACAUAGAUAUUUUUAAAUAUUGAUUUGAUAAAUUUUGAACCAUUUUUCUUUAAAGUGACACAUACCUAGCUUUCAGUUUAAUUUUGCUUAGAGUAUUGAAAUGUUGAAUUUACCAUUGCUUUUGCUAAAGAAAGAUUUGAUACAUUUAGGGCUUUUUAGGCAAAGAGUUAGGGAAAUACCACAAAUCAAUAGAACAAAAUAAAAAAUUAAGUAAAGCUAUGCAAAAGUCGAAUUACCAUGUAGGUACACGAGUCAUCAAUAAAACAACAGUUACCUGAGAAUAAAUAUUAAGAUAAUAUUUGUUGCAUUCAUAGUUUGCUCAUGUUAAAGAACCGAAUGAUGUUUACACAACAGUGUUGGCAUUAUUACUCGCAAGUAA